UACAGCACAGUAUAUAGGGUUUUGUUUUUGUUAAGGUGGCUGUGCAGCUCUUAUUCAAAAUGUGGCCCUUUAGUGUAGACUGUUGUCCAUGACUCUGUGCACAAGCCUUGUAAUGAGUAGAAUGGAGAUAAUGAUCUUGACCAGAAACGAUAGCCUGGCACGCACGUUACGCUGCCUGACAGCUUCAGGAGAUCAGGUGUCGCCUGCCCAACCUUCGGAGGGAGUGACACGUUUUCCUCCUUUCCAUCUGUGUCACUGUCCAGUUUAUCUUUCUUGUCAUCUGUGGAGAUACAUGUGAGUGUGUUAAGCAAGCCAGUUGAGUCGAGGGACACUUGUCUUCAGCCCGAAGACAGGUAGGCGUUAUCUUUCCAUUAUGGUUGAAAAAUAAUGGGUGGAUAGGAUGCAUUUCAGAGCCUUCUCAAAGCAGAGUCCAUUUUCAAUCACAUCUGUAAGUUUGAGAGCGUGGAAAUCUCACUUUGUUCUGGAUGUUUCAUCUUUCCAGGAGGAAUUCCCCUUUUCAGUGGAAUUUUCUAUUUCUUCCUCUGAACUCAGUGCCAAAUGAAUUUAGGAUUACGGAGAAGGAGGCUGUUUUGUUGUUGUUUUUCAUAAAACUUAACAAAAACAAACUAGAAAGCAGCUUUAUCUCUGUGAACUGGGUACUAAGUGGCAGCUUGACUUUGUCUGUGCUUUUACAAAUACAACUUCAGAUAAUAGGUUUGGCCUUUUUGGAGCCAGAGAUUGCUCAAGGCCGGCUGCCUUUUCUACUGAUGUGAGCACUGCCUGUGGAGAGAUGUAUGUGUUGGGGGAUUUCCAGUCACCUGAUUGUCUAAAAUAAUGCAAUCCUUGUUUUUCCAGGUUUUUAAGGAGUGUGUUGUGAAUAGGAAAGUUCCUUCAGAUUCUGAUUGUGGCCUGCAAAGUGCUUUUAGUUGACAUGUCAGUUUUGGAUUCCUGUAGAAUAAUACUAAGAAGAGAGACAGUGAUGGAGUAUAUGAGCAUGGACAGUGACAAUAAAGAUAUUGAUUUAUUGCUAACAGACCUGAAUAUGUCUGAAGUGAUUGACAUCAUGGAGAAUCUUUACCCUAGCAGAGACCUGGCGGGUUAUAAAGACAGUGUCCUUACUCUGUGCCCGGAGAUGAACAAAAACGAGGAGCACACAGAGUCCUUGCUCUUCAGCAGAAGGGAAGUUUCUCUGCUAUCGUCUGUCAAGUAUGGUACCGUGGAAGACUUACUUGCUUUUGCGAACCAAGUGUCCAACAUGGCAAAGCAGAUUUGCAGACACAGAAGACAAGAAUCAGGCAUCAUAUUAAAUAUGAUCACUCCCAAAAAUGGGCGCUAUAAGAUUGACUCCGAUGUGCUCCUGUUUCCAUGGAAGCUAACUUAUAGAAAUAUUGGGACUGACUUCAUACCUCGGGGAGCUUUUGGGAAAGUCUACUUGGCCCAAGACACAGAAACAAAAAAGCGAAUGGCCUGCAAACUGGGAAACACGGUAUACAUCUUGAGACUCAAUCUCAGCCACCAGUGGAUGUUCCAGUUUCCUCUGCUUUGUUUGAUAACAAUUUGUCCACAAUGUACAUGGUGGAUUUUAGUCCCGGUGGAGCAAUUUAAGCCAUCAGAUGUUGAGAUCCAGGCCUGCUUCCGCCAUGAAAAUAUUGCAGAACUUUAUGGAGCCAUCUUGUGGGAUGAGACAAUCCACCUCUUCAUGGAGGCAGGAGAAGGGGGCUCUGUGCUAGAGAAGGUGGAAAGCUGUGGGCCCAUGAGAUCAUUUGAGAUUAUCUGGGUGACCAAGCAUAUCCUCAAAGGGCUGGAAUUUCUUCACUCAAAGAGGGUGAUACAUCAGGAUAUAAAACCAAGCAAUAUUGUUUUCAUGUCAACCAAAGCAGUUCUGGUGGAUUUUGGUCUCAGUGUUCAAAUGACGGAAGAUGUUUACUAUCCCAAAGAGCUCAGAGGGACAGAGAUUUACAUGAGCCCAGAAGUGAUCCUCUGCCGGGGCCACACAACCAAAGCUGACAUCUAUAGCCUGGGGGCAACCAUCAUCCACAUGCAGACCGGCAUCCCACCAUGGGUGAAUCGAUAUCCUCGUGCAGCAUACCCCUCCUACCUCUACAUAAUCCACAAGCAAGCACCACCCCUGGAAGACAUCUCCGAGGACUGCAGCACUAGUAUGAGAAUGUUCCUGGAAGCUGCUCUGGAAAGGAAUCCAAACCAGAGACCCUCUGCGACAGAAUUGCUCAAACACGUGGCUUUGCACCCACCACGGGAGGAACAGCCUCGAUGUCAGAGUCUGGACUCAGCUCUCUUCGAACGAAAACAGAAGGAGCUUGAACUGCCUGAGAACAUUACUGAUUCUUCAAGCUUUGCGAUUACUGAGGAAUCAGAACUGCUCAAGAGGCAACGAUCUUUGUAUAUUGACCUUGGAACAUUAGCUGGCUAUUUCAACAUGGUCUGAGGACUUCAACAGGACUUCAUUGUUAGUAGAUGUGGGAAUUCCCUGUGCUGAUCAGGAAGAAAGAAUUUCUCUUGGAUGACUUUUUUUUUAAUUGGAAGGAGGAGUGUGCAAUGCUUUUUAUCACUUGAAGGAAUUUGUAAAAUGAACCUUUUUUCAGAACUUUAAUGAAACAACAACAGUAGUUUACUUGUCCAAAGGCAGGCUAAUGGUGUGUGGUGUAUGAUGCUUGUCUUGUGCAAACACAUUGUUUGAAUAACAUUCAGUGUGUGCUAAGUGAAUACAUGUGUUUUCUUUCUUAUUUACUUUCUUUCUUUCUUUCUGCUGCUAUUUUCGGGGGGUCGGGGCUACAGGCUUGGGAAAUCCUAAAUGCAUAUAGGAGUCCUAAGGAUUUGGUUUGCCCACAUUCUGCUUGACCUCAAAAAGAACACUAUGACAAGGUCUUGAAAAACAAGGUUAAAAACAAGGCAAAAAAUGAAUUAUGGAAUUUCUGUGCCACAAAAGGUUUUCCUUUAUAAUAUUCAUUUUCUGGUUGAGUCCAGGGGCAUUUGAUCAGUUCUGUGCAAAAAGCUGUAAAUUGGUGCAAACUACACCCCCCCAAAACUAUUACAACUUUAGGAGUACAUGUUAAGCUGCUAUUUAGGAAGGCUCUAUACUGACAUGCUUGCAUUUGGGUGGAGUCUGUCAUAAUGUAUGUUGUUUCUCAGAAUGUUUUCUUGCAUGUAAGGAAUUGCGAGAUGGCAUGGAAUAAGCUUUGGCAUGCUAACAUGAGUAAUUUGUGGAUCACAAGUAGUAGCCACUGUGAGCAUGUGAUCCACUUGGAAUGCAAAAUUAGUGUUAAAAUGCUGCAUAAUCUUUGGGGAUUAAUAACAGUUCCGAAGGUAGGGUUAAUUUAUGGCUAUGAGACCAUGUGUUUCCUAAAAUAAACAUGUCUUUGAAUGUCAUGAAUGAUAUAUUAUUUUGUGUUCCUAUGGAAAAAA